AUGAAUCGAGAUAUACCUGGGUUUUACUAUGAUAGCGUCAAGCGCCGGUACUUCCGCAUCGAGAAGAGCCAGACCGCCCCCUCACAGGCGGAGUGGUCGGCGCGGAAUGUCAAGCGGAGAGCGGCCGAGCAGGCGGAGGAGGAGAAGCGGCGGGCGAGGCUGCGACGGGACGCGCAGAAGGUGAGGAGAGCGCGCGUCGAGACCGUUCCGCUGAUGGGCGGGCUGCUGGCCAGGGAAACCGGCAUGUCCCGGAGAGGGGACGGGGUCGGGUCCGGGGACGAGGUGGUGGCUAGGGCUUGGGCCGGCAGUCUGGCGGAGAAAGGGGAGGUGAGGCUCUGGCCGAGCGUCGGCGUCGGCCUCGACUACAGGACGGUCUCGGCGAUGUGGGUUGGGGGCGGCGUUGAGGACGACGGGCUGGGGAUCGUCUGCGGGGUCCUUGAACGCCUCUGGCCCUCGUCAUCGUUCAUCCCGCGAGAUGCAGACGACCGGAUCAAUUUCCAGUUCGCCGCCGGACGGUACCCCCGCGUUGGCUUCCAGCCAAGGAUAGUCAGGGAGUUAACUUCUCAGGGGGGUGUCACGGCGAUCAAGUGCCACGAGCCGUCGUCCAGGAUCCUCCUUGCCUAUGAAUCCUUCCUGGGCGGCGUCGGAAUCUGGCAGUUCCGAGUUCGAGCCCAGGAAGGGGGAGCAGGCCUUGUGCAGCUUCUACGAGGCGGUAUCGAUGGACUGGACCCCUACUUUGCCUCGCUCGGGAACGGGUCUGCUUUCACCAUCCGCGCCCUGCAGCCCGCUCCUCCGAGCUCCCGGCUGACCUGCCUCGUCGGCACCGACCGAGGCAUUGCCCAGCUGCACAACGACGCUCUCACCUUGCUGACACCGCCUCCGCGACAGGGUCAGCGCCACCCGCACCGCAGGAGAAGGCAGCCGUGCGCUCCCGACCCAGACGCCCCCCCCUGGCAAGGCGACGUCCUCUCGGUCGACUUCCUGCACCAGAACUCGGCCGAUACGGUCCUCGCCGGCACCCGCUCCGGCCGGGUCUGCCUGCUGGACCUGCGCGUGCCCCCGCGCCAGUGGUCCGCCCGGUCCAACACGUUUCGCCACCCCAGCAGCACCGCGCACGUCCGGUCCGUCGGGGCCUACCACGUCCUCGCCGCCGGACCGCUCGACGCCAUGGCUCUGUACGACGUCCGCUUCUUGCGCCAACGACGACAACAACACCGCCAACAACAGACCCUCCCGCUCUUCACGUUUCCGGCGUACCGCAACGCAGCGCACCUCUGCGUCGGGCUGGACGUGCUAACGGAACCCGGAUACGGAGGAGGAGGAGGAGGAGGAGGGGGAAUCGUGGCAGCAGCGCACGCUACGAACCGCGCCGAUGACAGGGGAACGGUCGCGCUGUACUCGCUCCGAGACGGCUCGCGGAUCUCCGGGGCCGCGGUCGACGCCGUGCGGGCGCCGGGAGUCGUGCAGAGCCUUCAGUGGCAGACGCUGCCGGGGGACCGGCACCCGAGCCUGUUUGUAGGCGAGGGGCCGGUUGUGAGAAAGUACUCGUUUUGGGCCUGA